CGCCGCGCUACUGUGGUGUUUUUCGUCGUCGCUUCUUACACCGUCGCACUACGCACGCCCCGGCCCCUAAUCACUCACCCUCCGGUCUCUCGUUUUCCAGCCACUUGCAGCUGCGCAAAAUCCUACGAGGAGCCGCGGAGCACACCCUGCUCUAGCUGCAGUUGGCAAUGCGAUCGCGAGCCAUCGUAAACGCUUCUCCGAUUUCUCCUCCUCCGUCGACGACGAGUUCCAGCCAUCAAUAAACACGCUUGAUGUUUCCUCCUCGUCUCGCCGAGUAAAUCACACGGCGAGCGACUCGAUCCGAACUGGCCGCCGUGCUUUGAACAGAUCGUUCGAAGCGAUCGUUCGCUCGAAUUUCUUUUGAAAAGAAAAAAGAAAAAAAAAAAAGAGACAAAGAAGACCGGGCGAGGAGGUCGAAGGUUGAAUCGAGAGAACAGUGCACAGGCAUCGCUCGUUAUUCGCGACAAUGAACGUCCGUCCCGUGGUAGCAGCGAGCAAGGAGUGGCCGCGACAUUCGCCGAGUGGAAAUUCGCUCGAUCUUUGAUUCUCGAUGACGGACCGGCCCCGUUCUUUCGUUCUUUCGCGGUGAUACGACACGUUCGCGUUGUCGCGGUCGUUGACAGUAGGCGAAGUGGAUGGAUUUCCUGGAUAGGCCAGGCGAAGUGGAAAUGAAGUGAAGAUCGGGCAAGAAAAUGGCACGCGCGACGGACACAUCAGCUUACUUUGGGGAUUCGUUUUCUAAUUUGGUUCAUCGUACCUUCGGAUAGAAAUCGUGCGAAGUAUGAUACACGUGUCGUCGGAGAACACUCAACGAUACGAUCGUGUAAAGCGCAAGGGCGCAGCGUUUCUGUCGAACUUCUUUAAGUCGAAGAAGCUGACGUUAGGUAUGAAGAUCAACGAAGACGAAGAGAUGGAACGUGCUCCGAAAGUCGAAACACCUGCAAUCAUAACUAAUGCCUGCAGGCGCAGUGGCAGCGAAAACGACACCCAAGUAUCGAGGAUUCCGUCGACCUUGAGCGUGGCAGCCGUCGAUGUUGUCGUUGCCUGUCAGCCGUCACCGUCGCAUUCCAUUUUAACCUUGACACCUGGUAGAACACGAAACAUCGAUCAGGAUAUGGAGGCGCUUAGGCUAAGUCGACAGGAUAAUCCUUUCCUACAGGUACUGGCGAGCCGUGAGAGUCUGGUCGAGUCCCUGGAAGAGUCCGAGUCCGAUGACGCCAUCCUGAUGUCUCAGGAACUGGGCGACACCGACCCCUUAACCUUAGCCCAAGUGCACGAGCACCUGGUACGAAGUCCACCGCCCGCAUCGUGGCCCCACACCACGACCUUCCAUUUCCCUCAUCAAAACCAGAGCUCGUCCGGGAAGAGCGACGUGCUGGCUCACUAUAAAAGUCCGUCGAAGGCGACCUCGUGUCGUGGCAACGAUCACGAGCUGUCCAGAAGCGAGCCAUCCACGGAUAUCAGAGAUCGCCACUCGCACACAUUCUCGUUGUUGCAUCCAACGCCGAUUCGUUCACUGUCGGAUGUUCGACGGCUUCACAGAUCGGCAGACGACAGCGUGCAACUGAUGUCGAGCGAAUAAAACGCGAACGUGCUCCGAUCCGCGACCGGAUCGUGAUGGCUUCCUCGCAUUCAGAACACGAAACGUGCUUUGUCGAUGAUAAAACGUCUGCUGAAAGUUCUUCCCGCAUUCUUUCGGAAGAGCGUGUCCAUCAGAUUGAAAGGACACUCGGAUGCUCCUCUACGGCGAGUUCACGCACGAUCGAGGUACACACACGAGAACGAUUCCUGGAAUCGCAAGUCUCAAGACGGAGUGAUUCUCCGAUCCUCUAUAAAAUAUUGUCGCACAGAUUUCGGUUUGGCAACGACGCCAAACUUUUCUUGGAACGAAUUUUGAACUUUUUUGUGUCGUACGAGGACACUCGGUUGUGUUUAACGGAAGAUGCAUUUGUAGUUGUGUACUCUGUCUCGGAGGAAACGGAAAUAUCCUCGAGUUGCGAAAUUGACAACGCCAAGGUGAGAAAUCGCGGUGAAAGUAUUUCACACUGUUUUAUUCGUUUUGAUAUAUUGGACGAGAACUAGCGAUCGAAGUGAACAUGCGCUGUGAUAAACGCACAGGGGCGUUUGACAUGCAAUCAGUGCACCACAGUUUUUAAACAGUUCGCACGCAACGUUUAACAUUAAAACGGUUAGUCAGAUGAUACAACGUUUAAAAAAACGAAAAAAAAAAAAAAAAAAUAACGACGUCUGUUUCCACGUGAAAGUUUCAAAGGUGCAGCAUCUAUUUUUUAAGCAAAUUAAACGAGAAUAUUUAUUCGAAUCAUUUACGAACCGAGGGUCUCGCUUUUUUCUGCAAGUUUAUCCACACGUUCCAAGGAAUCGCGAAGUGAAGUUCUUUGUUACACUCGCUUGUCGCUGUAGAUACUCGUGAAAUUGUCGAUUAUUCAAGGAUUAUUCGUCGUAGUUAAAAAUCAGGGAAAUUAUACGCUGCCAAAAAAUUUAGAAACAUUCUUACUCGAUACUCAAAAUUGUAAGUAUUUUUAAAAGUCAAUUUGGAAGGCGAUAUAUAUAUAUCUGAAUUUCAGAAAUUUUCGUUCUUUCUAAAAAAUUUACCUUGAGCAUCGUAAUGUCGAGGAGUGAGUGUAAUUCAGAAAAUUCAUCAGAGAAUCGAGCUCUAUAUUAAUUGCAAGUUAUUCCGAUGCAUUUACCUAUCGAGCCUAGCGUGUUUGAACGAUCGCGCGGUUCAACAAUCGAUCUUAAUGUUACGACACAAAUAGAAAGGCCUAUGGUUUGAUCAAAGACGACUAUCUUUAUUAUCACUCGAGUCGUGCAAUUAUAACGGCGUUUUUUGGUUUCCGCUGCGCGCGUGUUUCAAGUCAAUUCGUACGUACAAAUACGUGUGCCCGUUUCUAAUAUGUUUCGAUCACGCAGCCACGAGGAACAGGAAUACAGUUUUAAUUGUUGCAAUAAUUGCAAUAGGUCGCGAUUAGUGUUCAGUUCGUAUUUGAGUAAUAAUAGAAAAAAUUAUAUUUAUAUUUGGGAUAAUUUUCCAUUAACAGUGCAAAAAACGAUAGAUAUACAAGAUCUGGGCGAACUUUAUUUUGAAAUGAAGAUAAGAAUUUCGAUUGAUAUUAUUUUCGGUAUUAUUGCUACUUGAAACUAAAAUGCAAGUAACAACAACUUAGUUUGGAGUAUUAAUUAUUUUAAGAAAAAUAAAAGUAAUUUCUUUGUUUCAAUUCAAAUCGCACAAAAAUGUAAUUUUUAAAAUAAUAUAAGUAACCAAAUCGAACAUCAUUGUAUUGUCAGCAAGAGUGAUCAUAAUGAGACCAACAAUGAGAUGUGAAAAUUGUUUCAUUAUUACAAAUUCGAUUUUGUUUCAUUACCUCAAAUUUUGCAUUUCAAGUAAAUUACUACGUUCCCCGACAUACAAGCGAGGUUCCAUUGUAUUAUUUAAUUCUAACUUAAGUUUAACUGUGGAUGAUAUUUCGUAUGAUCGCUCGAAUUUAAGAACAUUGCAUACUUCUGCUCGAAAUAUCAUUUCGCGGAGAUCAACAACAGUAUAUUGUUAUUACGUAUAAUUGAACAGUUUCUUUUACGAUUGCUUUAACUGCAUCGAGAAGAGUUACCGAGCUUACAUUGUUGCUGUUAUUGUUAAUUAGUCUAUGCAUUAAUCUGCACAAAUUAUUUUUUAUUAAUAGCGCGUAUAUUUUCGACGUUAGCGAGAAAUGAAGAAUGCAGCAUGUGAACUUCUUUUAGCGAAUAUGUAUACUUAUUAACAGAUACAUACGUACGUGAAAAGAAUGCAGAUCGUUCCCACGUAAAAAGAAACACCUAUUGUAUUUUGCGCUAACGACGCGCCAGAUGUGUAGGCCUGAUGGUAAAAAUAACAAACGUAGCGCGUAAUCAUAGAUUCGAAACCUUUUUUUACGCAAAUGUAAGAAUAGAGGACGCGCCAUCGAUGUUUCGAACGAUUAACGUGUGUCGUCCAAUGAUAAUACACCCUUUAAAGUCGAGAGUUUAUUUUUUUAAAGUUGCUGUAUCAUUUCACACGAGCACAAAUGCCAACGCGAAUAACAGAUAAUUGUUAGAGACUACUUUCGACUUUCAACGCAUAUAACUUAUGCGUUUUCUCCAUAUGUUUGUUUUGAAGUUGGAACGACAGUCUGAAGAAUUUCGACGAGCAAUCCUAUUUUAUACGUUUAACACAUAGCGUCGUAUGUUGAAAAUGAAAUGAGUUUCGCUCGUUCUAACUGCUGUUGGUUGCGAAAAAUUUCGACUAGGAUCGCAAACGGCCAGUGGACAAUUAAUUCUGCUACGUCCUUCGGGUCAUUUUCGACUCGAUCGAUUUUUCUAUUAAAGAAGAAAAAAGAAAAAAAAAAAGGAAAAAUAUUUUAAGUUCGCGAGAGAAAGACGAAGGAACCGUUGUUUUUUGUUCGUUGAAACGAGAACGAAAUUGGAAUGUAUAAUUCAGCGUGCACGAUAGGGUUAAAGUCGUAGCGAGUGAAGUUUUAGCAGGGUUUGUAUGAAAACUUUCAAAACGGUAGCAUGUAAGAAUGAAGAAAAUGAUCUAGAAAGUUAUUGCGAUUAUAUUAUUGUAACUAUAGUGUCCAAUUGACUUGGCCAUUGAGAAUUGAGAUUAUUUCUAUCAAUAUAUGCGAUAUUAGAUACACUGUACACAUGUGUAUUAGUGGUGUCGGGCAAUUUUGUCUUCGCCCGGGCCAAAACGUGGAAAAAUAUGAAAAAUGAAAAAAAAAACCAGUAGAGAGACAUAUGAUAUAAUCUAGUCGAAUAAACGUAUAUACCGAGGACCGUGUUGUCACUUUUAAGCGAAUAUUAAAUGAAUAAUUGUUUGGGUAAUUAUUCAAGUGUUGAAUAAUUCAGUCGUGGAGAGAUUAGGGUGUGAAUUACUAUAUUAACUAAGCGAGCUGAGGUUACUUUUACCAGGAAGCGAUGUUGAAUGUUGCAAUAAACCCUCGAUUUCAACGGAACCUUUCUAUCUAAAUUGACUUUCAACUUAACGAAUUCUAACUUUAUUAUCAUUUUUUAUAUCUCCGACAGUGACAUCGUGUUUCUUCAAUUCUUAGAUAUGCUUAAUGACCGUUACUCGAAUUAAUUCUCAAAAUCAAGGGUUUACUGUAUUUACAUACACGAUGAAACUUUACGUACGUUCGCUUUGUUUUUAAAUUUUUUAAUUUAACGAACACUGUCCGCCAGAGAUACGCUACAAGUUGUACUUUCGCAUCUUUCGAUUGCGUUUUCGUGUGCGAUUAAUUGAAAGCUACAAGGCACGGUUUUCAUAAGACGUAUUGAUAAUCAACUUUAAAUUAUGAAGAAAAAAUCUAAAUAUAUGUUACUCGU